AUGAGCCAACAGAUAACCACCAUGGCCACCAUGAGCUACCAGAUAACCACCAUGGCCACCAUGGGCCAUCAUGGGCCAACAUGGCCGCCGUGGGCCAACAUGGACAAUCAAUGGGCCACCGUGGGCCACCAUGGGCAACCAUGGUCCAACAUGGCCGCCAUGGGCCAUGGUAGACAGCCAAAGCACCACGGGAUAUUGACAUCCUCUCUGCGCUGGAACGCGGGCACCAAGGAGCGGAUGCUGAUCAAGGUGACGGACCGUGAGCCCAGUUUCCUCCUGCACCAGGGCAAUGGCUUCGGCCCCGACUCAGCUCCGUCCUCGCGCUCCCGCCGCCCGUCGGGGGGCCAGCAAUCCCCCAACCUGCAGAGCUUCAACCCCGACCCCGAGAACUCCGUCUUCUUCCCGGAUCGGAAACCAUCCCCCUACAUGAAGAGGGCCGAGCUGGCGGGGAGCUGCUCGCCUUUAAUGGGGCGGGGGGAUUCCUUUUGCUCCCCCAUUCAGAGCCAACACCAUCGUAAGGCGUCAAGUGAAUCUCAGCCCUCGUCGCCGCGCUAUGCCUACGAGCCACCGCUGUACGAGGAGCCCCCUAUGGAGUACCAAGCACCUAUUUAUGAUGAACCCCCCGUGGACAUGCAAUACGAGGCCGGAGGGGGCUACAAAGCGGCUUCUUCCCCCCAGAAAUCCCCCAUCCGGAAGCCUCACCCCUUCCUCCAAUCCCCCAAACAAGGCUCCAACUCUCCCUACCAGCAGCUGGUGCUGACCAAGCAGAAGUGCCCCGACCGCUUUAUGAGCCUGGAGUACAGCCCGGCGGGCAAGGAGUACGUCCGACAGCUGGUCUAUGUGGAACAAUCGGGCUCCAGCCCGAAGAUGAAAUCGGGCCCACGGCACAAAUACUCCCCCAACCCCAUAGGGGGCUCCUAUUCCCUGCAGCACAGCCCCUGCCUGCAGCGCGAGCAACGCGCCGACCUCAAGGCGGGCGACUACAGCAGCAUGGAGGCGGCCGAGCUCGGCCCCGACGACGCCAUGUCGUGGUCCAGCCAACAGGACACCAUGUCCUCCACUGGAUAUUCACCCUCCAAUAGGAAGAGGAAGAGCAGGAAGCCGUCCCUGCCCCAUCACGAACCCAACACGCCGUCAAUGGAAGGGGAGCGGGACGGGGCGGACGAGGAGCGAUGCGUGGUGGCUCGAGCCCAGCUCAGCCGCACCGAGAGCAAAGGGCUGGAGGGAGAAGGGGAAGGGACGCGGGGCUUCGCCGAGCCCUUCAUGGCGCAGGCACGGCUGGCCUGGGAAGCACAACAGGCCCAUUAUCACAUGAAGCAGCGCAGCAGUUGGGAUUCCCAGAAGGACGGGUCGGGGUACGAGAGCGACGGGGCUCUGCCGCUGCCCAUGCCCGGCCCCGUGGUACGAGCGUUCAGCGAGGACGAGGCGCUGGCGCAGCAGGACAACAAACAUUGGAAGAGGAGCAACUUUGAGAAGUUGGGAUUCCCCCAAAUCCUGCUGGAAAAGAGCGUCUCCGUGCAGACCAACCUGGCGUCACCGGAGCCGUACCUGCAUCCAUCGCAGUCCGAAGACCUGGGCGCCGUGGCGCAGUUUGAGAGCAGCCGGCAGAGCCGUAACAUGCUGCCCAGCGCCAGCUGUGUCUUCCCCACCUUCAACCUGCGCAAACCCUCCUCGGAGACGGACAUCGAGAACUGGGCGUCCAAGCACUUCAACAAACACACGCAGGGGCUGUUCCGCCGCAAGGUUUCCAUCGCCAACAUGUUGGCGUGGAGCAGCGAGUCCAUCAAGAAGCCCAUGAUCAUGACCAACGACCGCAACGUCAAGAAGGAGGCGUGCGAGAUCUUCAAGCUCAUCCAGAUGUACAUGGGGGACCGACGGGCCAAGACCGACCAACUCAACGUGGCCUUGGAGAUCGCUACGAAGGGAUGGAGCGUGCAGGGGCUGAGGGACGAGCUGUACAUCCAGCUGUGCAGGCAGACCACCGAGAACUUCCGAUACGAGAGCCUGGCGCGGGGCUGGGAGCUCAUGGCCAUUUGUUUGGCCUUCUUUCCGCCCACCCCCAAAUUCCAUUCGUAUCUGGAGGGUUACAUCUACCGACACAUGGACCCGGUCAACGACACCAAAGUGAGCCGCCACAUUAGAGAACUGCUGGACAGGAACACCAAGAAGAAACCCAAACUGAGAAAGAAACCCAAACCCCACCCCGAGGAGACCCAUGGUAGGGCCCAUAGAACCCAGUGGUAGGGCCCAUAGAACCCAUAGAACCCAUAGAACCCAAUGGUAGGGCCCAUAGAACCCAAUGGUAGGGCCAUAGAACCCAUAGAACCCAAUGGUAGGGCCCAUAGAACCCAUGGUAGGGCCCAUAGAACCCAAUGGGAGGGCCAUAGAACCCAUAGACCCAUAGAACC